AUGAGCAGUGCUCCUCGUACAAUAAGGGAGCUUUUCCUGAGGCAGGAACAGAUGGACGGAAUGAACUUCACAUUGGGGAAUUCCUCUGAGGGAAAUGAAACGGAGCCAGAAGUGGAGACAAGCUCGUAUAAAACAGUGGAGGUGGUGUUCAUUGUGCUCGUAGCAGGAUCACUUAGCCUGGUAACUGUGGUCGGGAACAUACUGGUAAUGCUCUCUAUAAAGGUCAACAGAAGCCUACAGACUGUCAACAACUACUUCCUGUUCAGCUUAGCAUGCGCCGACUUCAUCAUCGGGCUUUGCUCCAUGAACCUCUAUACUGUUUAUAUUGUCAUUGGUGCCUGGCCACUUGGCCCUGUAGUGUGUGACCUGUGGUUGGCUCUGGACUAUGUGGUCAGUAAUGCAUCUGUCAUGAACUUACUCAUUAUCAGUUUUGACCGCUAUUUCUGCGUCACAAAGCCACUGAGUUAUCCUGUAAAGAGGACCACUAAGAUGGCAGGGAUGAUGAUUGCAGCUGCCUGGGUGCUGUCCUUCAUUCUCUGGGCUCCUGCUAUCCUCUUUUGGCAGUUCAUUGUGGGUGGCCGCACUGUCCCAGAUCGAGAGUGUUAUAUCCAGUUCUUUUCAAAUGCGGCUGUUACCUUUGGCACUGCUAUUGCUGCAUUCUACUUGCCUGUCAUCAUCAUGAUGGUGCUAUAUUGGCAAAUCUCACGAGCCAGCAAGAGUCGUGUGAAAAAGGACAACCGCAAGCCUUCAGGCACCAACGCUGGAACUGGAUCUCCAACUCAGACCCGCAGCAAUGCAACCAACAAGCUGGACAACAACAAUGUGAUGGCUGAGGACCCUGAUAGGUGUCAAACCCAGAACACAGAUGAAAUGACCAACCAGCAUGACAGCAAAAUGCAGAAUGGCAAAGGGCCAUCCACAGCCAGUGGAGAGAGAGAAGGGGAAGAGGCCACCAGGGCCAACUGUGUCCCUGUUGAAGAGAAAGAGAGCUCCAAUGACUCCACUUCAGGCAGUGGGGCCACAGCUCACCAGAAACCAGAACCCAACAACACUCAGACACCUGCACGGCACCAAGCCAAGACCGGUGCCUCUAAACUUACCUGCAUUAAAAUUGUCACCAAGUCACCUAAGGGAGACUGUUAUGCUCCCUCCAACACCACAGUAGAGAUCGUACCAGCAGCUGAGAAGCAAAAACAUGUGGCCCACAAGAUUGCAAAGAUGACUAAGCAGCCCCCCAAAAAGAAGAAAGCAGCCCCUUCCAGAGAGAAGAAGGUGACACGUACUAUUAUGGCUAUCUUGGUGGCAUUUGUAGUCACGUGGACACCCUAUAAUGUGAUGGUUCUCAUCAAUACUUUCUGCUCCAGCUGCAUUCCUAACACAGUGUGGACCAUUGGCUACUGGCUCUGCUACAUCAACAGCACCAUCAACCCUGCGUGCUAUGCUCUGUGCAAUGCCACAUUCAAAAAGACCUUCAAACAGCUCCUGCUUUGUCAGUAUAAAAACAUACGCUCAAGCAGAUGA